AAAAAAAAACCACUAACUUGGCAAAAUAACACAACCGCCUCACCCAUCUUGCAGCUUUGCUUCAUUCACUUCACUUCCCUCAAAUAUGCAUAGAAACCAAAGUUAUGCUUUUGUUGUUGUUUCCCUUUUGAGCACAUGUUUCAUGUUACUAUGUUCUAGUAGCCAUUCAUCAUUUGGUUGCUUAGAACAAGAGAGGCAAGCUCUUUUAGCACUCAAAGGAAGCUUUAAUGAUACAUCAUUAAGACUUUCCUCUUGGGAAGGAAAUGAAUGUUGUAAAUGGAAAGGUAUAAGUUGCAGCAACAUUACAGGUCAUGUUAUCAAAAUUGACCUUAGGAAUCCAUGCUACCCACAAAGAGGAGGAGCUUAUCAAUCAAACUGUUCAUUUUCAAAAAAUAAGCUUGAAGCUCCAGAAAUCCAUUCAUCUCUUUCAAGUUUUAUAUAUCUUAGUUAUUUAGACCUUAGUGGAAACAAUUUAAGUUCAAGUCCAAUACCAACUUUUCUCCAUUUUAUGAAUCAGUUAGAAUUCCUUUCUAUCUCUGAUUCCUAUUUGAGUGGUAUCAUCCCAAAUAACCUUAGAAACCUCACAAAAUUGUACUUUCUUGAUCUCAGUUUCAAUUCUUAUUUACACUCUGAUGAUGUCAAUUGGGUUUCAAAACUUUCAUUGCUCCAAAACCUUUACUUGAGUGAUGUUUUUCUUGGGAAGGCACAAAAUUUAUUCAAGGUACUUACCAUGCUUCCUUCUUUGAUAGAAUUAGAAUUGAUGAACUGCAGCAUAACCAAGAUGCACAGUCAUGAUCAACAACUUGUUAGUUUCACAAAUUUUUCUAGUAUUGUAUCACUCAAUCUUGCAGAUAAUAGACUUGAUGGUCCAGAUCUGAAUGCUUUUAGAAACAUGACUUCACUUGAAACUAUUGACCUUUCUAACAAUAGUUUUAGUUCAGUUCCAAUUUGGUUGAGUAAUUGUGCCAAACUUGACUCUCUUUAUCUUGGAAGCAAUGCUCUUAACGGUUCAGUUCCAUUGGCUCUUAGAAAUUUGACUUCCUUGACAUCGCUCGACCUUUCCCAAAACAAAAUUGAAUCUGUUCCAUUAUGGUUAGGUGGGUUAGAGAGUCUUUUGUUCCUCAAUAUUUCAUGGAAUCAUGUGAACCAUAUUGAGGGUUCGAUACCAACAAUGCUAGGAAAUAUGUGUCAGCUUCUGUCACUAGAUUUGUCUGGAAACCGACUUCAAGGAGAUGCACUCAUCGGUAAUUUACAAUCUGCAAGAUGCAAUGGAUCUGGUUUAGAGGAACUUGACAUGACCAACAACAAUUUCAAUGAUCAGCUGCCGACAUGGUUGGGGCAACUUGAAAAUAUGGUAGCCCUCACACUUCAUUCAAGUUUUUUCCAUGGUCCUAUUCCAAAUAUUUUGGGAAAAUUGUCAAAUUUGAAAUAUUUAACCCUUGGUAACAAUUACUUGAAUGGAACUAUUCCAAACUCCGUAGGAAAACUGGGAAAUCUAAUCCACUUGGACAUAUCUAAUAACCACUUGUUUGGGGGUCUUCCUUGUAGUAUAACAGCACUUGUCAAGCUAGAGUAUUUGAUUCUGAACAAUAAUAAUUUAACCGGAUAUCUUCCUAAUUGUAUUGGACAAUUCAUCAGUCUAAACACCUUGAUUAUUUCUUCUAAUCAUUUUUAUGGUGUCAUUCCUAGGAGUCUUGAGCAAUUAGUCAGCCUAGAAAACCUUGAUGUGUCAGAAAACUCUCUGAAUGGCACAAUACCCCAAAAUAUUGGUCGACUUUCAAAUUUGCAAACCCUCUAUCUUAGUCAAAAUAAAUUGCAAGGGGAAUUUCCUGAUAGUUUUGGUCAACUUUUGAACCUGCGCAAUUUAGACAUGUCUCUAAACAAUAUGGAAGGCAUGUUUUCUGAAAUAAAAUUUCCCAAGUCACUAGCCUAUGUGAACCUCACCAAAAACCAUAUCACUGGGUCACUUCCCGAAAAUAUUGCUCAUAGACUGCCCAAUCUUACUCACUUGCUUCUUGGAAACAACCUCAUAAAUGACUCCAUUCCAAAUUCAAUCUGCAAAAUCAACUCUCUGUACAAUCUUGACCUUUCGGUGAACAAAUUAAUUGGCAACAUUCCUGAUUGUUGGAAUUCAACUCAAAGAUUGAACCAGAUAAAUCUUUCAUCGAACAAAUUAUCAGGUGUUAUUCCAAGCUCGUUCGGUCAGCUUUCAACUUUGCUAUGGCUGCAUUUGAAUAAUAACAAUCUUCAUGGGGAGUUUCCAUCAUUCUUGAGAAAUUUAAAACAACUGUUAAUCUUAGAUAUCGGAGAGAAUCAAAUAUCAGGAACUAUACCUUCAUGGAUAGGUGACAUUUUCUCCCUAAUGCAGAUUCUAAGGUUAAGACAAAACAAGUUCCAAGGUAACAUUCCUUCACAUCUUUGCAAACUUUCAGCUUUGCAAAUCUUGGAUCUAUCCAACAAUAUGUUGAUGGGGUCAAUCCCACACUGCGUUGGGAAUUUUACAGCAAUGAUUCAAGGAUGGAAACCAUCUGUUUCCUUAGCACCCAGUGAGUCGACAUAUAUUGAAUGGUAUGAACAAGAUGUCAGCCAGGUCAUUAAAGGAAGAGAAGAUCAUUAUACAAGAAAUUUGAAAUUUGUGGCCAAUGUGGAUUUAUCAAACAACAGUUUGAGUGGACCUAUUCCUAAAGAAAUAACUCUUCUGACUGCUUUACGAGGCCUAAACCUGUCACACAAUCAUUUGUCAGGUGAAAUUCCUACAGCCAUAGGGGACAUGAAGUCACUUGAAUCGUUGGACCUCUCUCAGGGUCAACUUUCAGGCUCAAUUCCACACACCAUGUCUAGUUUAACAUUUCUAUCUGUACUAAACUUGUCCUACAACAACCUUUCAGGACCAAUUCCACAAGGAAACCAGUUUUUAACAUUUAAUGAUCCAUCUAUUUAUGUUGGCAACAAAUAUCUUUGCGGUGCACCAUUGUUGAAUCGUUGCCAUGUUGAUAAUAGAGAUGAAAGUGGAGAUGAUGAUGGUAAACAUGAUAGGGCUGAGAAACUGUGGUUUUAUUUUGUUGUAGCAAUUGGAUUUGCUACUGGCUUUUGGGUUUUUAUUGGAGUUUUCUUGUUGAAGAAGGGUCGGAGGGAUGCUUACUUUAAUUUCAUUGAUAGGGUAGUGCGCAGGAUAAAGAAAAGAUGUAUGGGAAACCGUAUUGAUUAGUGAAACAUUAAUAUUUCAAGGGACGUCCUUCGCCUUAUAAGCAAGGGACGUCCCUCACCUUAUAAAGUGUGAAAUGCAGUUUAACUAGUCAAUAAUGUAAAUCUUGCUUAGAGGCCUAGCAAAAUGAAAUGAAAUUCAGAUGGUAAUAAACACAAAGAAAAGGUAAAAG